AUGGCAGCCAAUGGUUGGGAUGGUAAUUUACUGUUUUUCGUUCUCCAUUUACUUGUCAUGCAGUCGGAGAUGGUUCAGUUGCCUUGCCCAGUCGGUCAUUGGCAGCUGGGAGACCCUGCAGAAGCUCUGGACCUGUCAGGCAACGGCAACCACAUGGUGUACACAGGGACAGUGACCACCGCCAGCGGACCCCACGGCGGCAAUGAUCUGGCAUUGCACUUUAACAGUGGCGCCUACGGUACCAUACCAAACAACGGCGUUCUGGAUGUCACGGACGCCCUGACCAUAAUGUCUGUGGUAUACCCGGAGAAUGACAACGACUUUCCGAUAUUUGAGUAUGAGUUCCCAACAGGUGCCUUAAAUGGGUUCAUGAUAUGGAAAUGGGGCGGCCAUUACGAAUUUCACACAAUUCCACGGGGCACGACAAUUCACAGAGACUUCGUUUCCAGUUCUCCAUGGGAUCUUCCCGUCAAUCAGUGGAGCUUUUUGGCAGCCACCUACUCUAAAGCGCAAGAAGUUGUAAAACUAUACAAAAACGAAACGUUGCUUACGUCACAAAACAUCGUCCCAAGGUCACUGGAGACCUCACGUGACAUUCACGUGGCGCGGCGUGCUCAUGGCACGUGCUGCACAGAAACGAGUAUGCGCUUUCGGGGGAAAAUGGCUUGUUUUGUGGUCUUUGACGUGGCACUCACUGUUCAUGAGCUCCGUGAAGCCUGGAAGCUGUGUUCAGCGCAUCCGCCCCCAGGAUACGCAUGCGGCCUUCUCUCUCCACCCCCGGAACCAACGUCCACCUUAGCGUCUCACCCAACUGUUGAUCCAAUUACGACAUUGCCAACAGAAGCACCGUCUUCCCUUUCUUCCAUUACGGAAGAAGAGACGCCAUCAACUGUCACGCCAAUUGCAACUACUGAAAGCGUUGACACAAUAUCUUUUGGUCACACUACGUCUCUUACUGCUCAGUUUUCCUCAUCUCAAUGGCCAGUUUCUGAAAUAUCAACGGAAAUGUCAUCGUCUGCUCUAUCACAAUUAGGAGUCUCUUCUCUUGGAACAUCGUCUGCGAUUAAGUUAUCGUCUGUUGUAUCAACGUUUUCCACCAAAUCCCCGUCGGUUGACUCCCUUCACAUUUCUUCUCCCAGCUUUUCUGAUGACGUCUCAUCUUCCGCUCAGAUGCCGUCGUCUCCACUUCCCGCCAAAAGUUUGAUGUCCACACCGUCAUUGACGUCUGCCUCGCUCAGGACACCAAAACAAUCAUUACCGUCAACGUUGUCUGGUGUAUUUUCGUCAACUUUUCAUUCAUCCACGACUGUCGCCCAAGAAACAUUGCACGACGGAAACUACAGUGAGAAUAUGUUGGAGACAUUGCACUCGUCAGUCUAUGCCACGACAAGCCAAUUGCCCUGGGAGUCAAGGGCAAAUGCAUCCGAAACACAUGUCGCGUCUGAAAUGUCCGAAACGCAGGACGCGAUAAUGGCCUCUGUAACACAAUAUACGGCUAUUCAAUCAAGCAUGUCCUCUCUGCAGUACGCAAGCUCGUCUGAAGACAUGUCCGAAAAUCCAAAAUGGCUGUCAACAAACUCUUCUUAUGAGAACAUGCCUAAUUCGACGGCUGUGCAAUAUUAUAUAAACGGAACAGAGGGAAGUGACUUUACCCAAACAUCAAGCACUACUGAUAGCUUUUCUCAGUACGGGUUAGAAAGUGUGACAUUAGAAGACGCCCAGUCCACGGUAAUUACGGUAACGACACUGUUGACAGGAGCUAAUACGACAUUGACGGAGACUGCGCUUACCUCAACCCCAGCGCCCGCCCGCUGUGCCCUGGUGGAGGACGUACCCAACACGGUCCAUAACGCCAGUUACGUCCAGUACAGCCAAGGUACCCUAGUGAUGUUCACUUGUACUGGGAACACCACGUUUAUAGAUGGCACUACCAGCAGGAGCAUCACGUGCAGGAGCACCGGCAAAUGGAGCAAAAUUAUACCCCCCUGCACAGAAAACGCCGAGGAGGUACAAACACUGAAGGUCGCGAGAAGACGGCACCCAGAAAAUCCCAAAGAGGCUCCAGGAGCGCCGGUCAUAGGGACGUUUGGUCUCGCCUUGCUUCUGGGGACGGUGUUCGCCAUAGUGGCACUGGACCUGAUCUCCGUUCACAGACACCUCAAACCACUGAGGCGGAACCUACGGCGACUCUGCCAUAAGGUCAACUGCGCGCGCAUUCCGAAGUCAAAUAAAUACGUGCGCACAUACUGACCAUAUACUCAAAAUAAUAUUUCUGUUUAUUUCAAAUUCUGAGGAUCAUUGAAGGAACAGCUGGUGUCUACUUUAAUAUAUCCACGUUGUUACACUGACCAAGGCCGGUUGCUACGUUUUCAUCCUACGGAAAAAAUUUAAAUGAUGCCGGUAGGAUUGGUAAAUUUAUAAGGUGAUACCAUAACGACACCAAACAUGAACAACAAAAUGCUGAAGGAAAGAAACAAUCCUUAACUCCCAGUCUGCUGGUUAAUUACCACCUGAUUUUUGUAAUAUUUAAAGCGUUUCCAAGUCAUUGAAUUACUGAGCGUCUAUUCAACUGGAUUCCUAUCUCCAUGUUUUUUUUUAAAUGUAAUUUAUUGAAUUCAGCUUUUUAACAGAUACAGUAUAUUCAUGUAAUCAGAGAAAGUAAUCGCCUCUUUUUGUUUUUUAUUUGUGUUAUUCUCUCUUUGUUAAAUCUUGAUUAAACAUAAACAUGUAAUUUUACAAAAAAUGAUAAAUGUUGAAUAAUUAAAUGUCAAUCAAGUGAAAUAAAAAAAUAAAAGUUUUUAUGAAAAACUCUCAGAAUUUCAGAGCCAUUGGGACAAUACCCAAGCUCGUGCAAGCCGUUUUACGUUGGAGACAAGACGUGUUAACAAGUACUUGUAAAGUACAUAAUCUUAGGGCAAUAUUAGUGAAAUAUUGAUCAAGGAAGUUUACAUCACGGAAUUGGCUUUACCUGGUCAUUUCCUAUGAUAUAUUUUCAGAUCCAAUACGUGACCAGUGAGUUAACAAUAGAGGAUUUUGAGCGGCUACCGUAUGUUUUAAUGUCUGCCGCAUGUGUUAUAAUCGAAGUAGAGAGUGUGAACUCAUUCUACUUCCUUAACGUCAUUGUAAUUGAUUGACAAAAUUGCGCUGUUGUCACUUACCAAACAUUCGAGCAUUUUAUAAUUGAUUUCUUAAUUCACUUAGGUUUAGCAACAUUGUAAUUGUAUCAGCUACCAAAUACUUAGGAAAUAAAAAAAUUCAGAAUUAUUUCAUUCUAUGUGUU